AUGGUAGCCAAACUGGUUUUUGGAGUCUUGGCUGCUGUCGCCUCGUCCGUUGUGGCGGCAACGAAUAGCAGUCAUUACCCAUCACUCGAUAUGAACGUUACGACUCCGAGAGCUCUAGGGGAUGCGCUCCAAAUUGCCUUCAGGGUCGAGGCAAACCGUUUCGCACUAGUUCGGUUACUUGCAAUACCACCAAAUAAGACUGUGACGCUCGCGCAGUCGAUAGGCAACGUGAAUGCGACGGAGAGCAGUAUCACCCUGGGCCAAAACGGCUAUACCCUGAACCGGAACACAACGAAGGACGCUGAACCAGGACGAUCUUGCACGACCGCGCAUGAUACUGGGCUUUCUGGAAUUCUUACAUUUGUGCCGGAUCAAGUCGGCACUUGGCAGUGGGCGACCGUCGUAGAUUACUUCUACGGCGACAAGGGUUAUGAGCAGCAAGGAAAUCAAACAUGUAUAUCUCCACCGUUUACCAAGGAAACGCUGCACAUCCAGCCAAUCUCAAUCACCUUUACUGGCGAGGUUACUAUUGUACCCGCACAAAACCAAGUCUACUCGAUAGAUGCGCAAACAAUCUCCGUCCCCACUACCCUUUCGCGAAAUCUGAUCACAACUGCAACGCUCGGCCCUCAGGUCACCGGCACCGCAUAUGGAAAGCCUAAUAACAGCGCUGCAUUACUUCAUUCAAAGCCAAGCAAAAUACCCUUGUCAUUAUUGGUCGGGCUGGCUCUAUACCUCUCAUUAUUCGCCCACUGA